UGGGCUCCAGGUGGGAGCAGGGCUUGGCGUGUUCUGGGCAGAGAAGGCUGGAAGAUGGAGACCAAGCCUUUAUUCAGCAUGCAGAAGGCGCUGGUGCAACCCUUUCAGAUGUGCAUGCUGGAUAUCCCCUUGAGCGUGCAAGAUGAUGAUAGUGCCACUCAGGAGAUCGGAGAAGAGGUUGAAGAUGGCGUGAUCUACAGCAUUUCUCUCCGGAAAGUUCAGCUUCAUCACACAGCCAACAAAGGCCAGCGAUGGCUGGGGUUUGAGAACGAGUCAGCCUUGAACCUCUACGAGACGUGUAAGGUGCGGACGAUCAAAGCUGGCACGCUGGAGAAGCUGGUAGAGUACCUCGUCUCGGCGUUCAAAGGCAAUGACUCCACGUACGUCACCAUCUUCCUGUGCACCUACCGAGCGUUUGCCACAACUAAGCAGGUCCUGGAUCUCCUCCUCAACCGGUAUGGGAAGUUCAACCUGCAAGCCAACGGAGACCACCCCAGACACGCGGUGGACGAGAGGCUGGAAUUGAAAAACACCAUCUCUUCCAUCCUGGGCGCCUGGCUGGAUCAGUACUCCGAAGAUUUCCGCAAGCCGCCCGACUACGCCUGCCUUAAGCAGCUGAUCGUCUACGUCCGGCUGAACAUCCCUGGCUCGGAUUUGGAACGGCGGGCGCGCAUCCUCUUCACUCAGUUCCAGCAACAGGAGCGUGCCGAGGCGGAAGCGGAAGCUGUGGAUCAUCCCAGUUGCCCUCUGAGGUUAGAGGAGGAAAAUGGACUGAGCGAAGGCAAGUUGGAUUUCCUUUCCUUUUCUCCGGAGAUGGCCGCUGAGCAGUUCACCCUAAUGGAUGCCGAGCUCUUUAAGAAAGUGGUGCCUUAUCACUGCCUCGGUUGCAUCUGGUCUCAGCGGGACAAGAAGGGGAAAGAGCACUUGGCCCCCAGCAUCCGGGCCACCGUCUCCCAGUUCAACAGCGUCACCAACUGCGUCAUCGCCACCUGCCUCGGGGACAGGAUGCUGAAGCCGCAACAGAGAGCCAAAGUGAUAGAGCGGUGGAUCGAAGUAGCGCGGGAAUGCCGCAUUCUCAAGAAUUUCUCUUCCCUCCGAGCCAUUCUCUCCGCUCUCCAGUGCAACGCGGUUCACAGGUUGAAAAAGACGUGGGACGAGGUGUCGCGCGAGAGCUGCCGCAUGUUCCACGAGUUAUCCGAAAUCUUUUCAGACGAGAACAACCAUUCGCUGAGUCGGGAGCUGCUCAUUAAGGAAGGGACGUCAAAGUUUGCCACGCUGGAGAUCAACCCCAAAAGAGCUCAGAAGCGCCAGCAGCAGCAGCGAGAAAUGGGCGUAAUGCAAGGGACGAUCCCCUACCUGGGCACCUUCCUGACCGAUCUGGUGAUGCUGGACACGGCCAUGAAAGAUUAUUUAGAUGGAGGUCUGAUCAACUUUGAGAAAAGGAGGAAGGAAUUUGAAGUGAUCGCUCAGAUCAAGCUGCUUCAGUCGGCCUGUAAUAAUUACAGCUUCAGGAAGGAAGAUCGUUUCGGUGCCUGGUUUCACAGCGUGGAACGGCUCAGCGAAGCGGAGAGCUACAGCCUUUCGUGUGAAAUCGAACCCUUGUCGGAAUCUGCGAGCAACACGCUGAAAGCAAAGAAGAACACCGGCAUCAUUAAACGGUGGAGCGACCGACAGGCCCCCAGUACCGAUUCCUGUGCCAGCAGCAGUUCCCACUCCAAGUCCUUUGACCAGUUGAAGUGCGGGCCGUAUCUCUGCAGCAGCGACGGGGCUGACUCUGUCAGCAUCACCUCGGCGGGCUCCAGCAGCUCCGACGUGGAGGAGAUCAACAUCAGCUUCAUCCCUGAUUCGCCCGAGGGUCAAGAGAAGAAGGUACAGGACCACGGCUCGCUGGGAUCCACUCGUGCCCAGGGGGUCAGGCGGCAGUUUUGGGAAUCCACCUCAUUGUGCUCCUUGGACACGUCCGGCAUCGGCUCAAGUUCAAGCAGCGCUUCGUCGUCCUCUGUCUCCUCCACGCCGGUGACGGUGUCCCGCACGCACAAGCGCUCCGUCUCGGGCAUUUCGAGCUAUUCCUCUCUCUCGUUACCCCUCUACAACCAACAGAUCGAUGACUGCUGCAUCAUCCGAGUCAGCUUGGCGGUGGAUAAUGGAAACAUGUAUAAGAGUAUUCUGGUGACAAGCCAGGAUAAAACCCCAGUUGUGAUCCGUAAAGCUAUGGCCAAACACAAUCUAGAUGGGGAUCGGCCGGAAGAUUACGAGCUCAUUCAGAUCAUCUCAGAAGAGAGAGAGCUGAAAAUCCCCGACAAUGCCAACGUCUUCUACGCCAUGAACUCAGCAGCCAACUACGACUUCGUGCUCAAAAAACGAGGCUUCUCCAAGGUGAUCAAGAUCAACCACGGUUCCAGCUCUACUUUGCCCAGGGUGAAACAAAAAGGCCUGAAAAUUGCCAAAGGCAUCUUCUAACUUUGGGUGGGGGGUCUCCAUCCCCCCCCCCACUGACUCUCCAGGUUGCAGUCUUGCCCCCUGGCCGUUCUGUCUUAAGCCACGCCGUUGGGUGAGUCGACGCGUCUAGUUUCUUGCCAGCAGCCUCAGAUUUUCGCCAAGAAACUUGGGAAGGCUCGUGAGGACAUCAAGAUGGUGGGUGGCUUCUCCUCCAGCCAAGCUUCUGCAGACUCCUGAGCUCGUGGGGCGGGUUGGCAGAAGCUGGCGCUUGCCUUCCAAAAGAUGCGUGUUGAUUUUUUCCUCUCCGCCCCGUGGAGAAUUUUUAGCUUUUUUUAAAACCCACCUUCCGAGGUGCGAGGACUCAUCAGCCUGUGGCUGCGUGGACGUAACCACCCACCGCUCUGCCUUAUCUUCUGUUGACCAACAAGAGUGGUGCUUCUAAGCGGCAGGCCUGAAGUUUUUCUCCCUCCUGCCGCCGGGACGUCCUGGAAGAGGGAGGACCUGGAGUCGGGUCCCGUUCGUUCUCCGACGGCGCAAAGGCUCGUCCGUCGCCUGCAACGCUCGAGAUGACCAAAAUGCACUUUGGCGGUUUGGGAAGGCGGAAGUUGGAUCUGUGUUUCUCGUUCUUCAAGGAAAUUCUGGGGGUGGGCGGGGGGCUUGGCCAGCUGAAGAUGGGCGUUCGGGUGCCAGACCAAAUCGCCCCCUCGAGAGAAUUGACUUCCCAAACUUUUUCCUUGCCUUUUUUUUUUCUUUAAAAAGAAUCUGCACCAAAGAUAUAACAGUACUGUUCUUUCUGUAGACGGACCCUCGGCUGACGCCCUGGAACAGGGGUAAAAGAAGCUUAGCUUCUGUACAGACGUGCUGUAAAUAAAGAUUCUGGAUUGGAAGAAGAGUGGGGAGGGCGAACGAUAGCUCUAAAGCGUGGGGCCGCCUCCCCCAUUUAGGUUCCCGACCCCGCCGGAAAAGUGCCACGCUCGUGUUUUAACGCACUUCAGACUGACGAUGAAGUCGGUCCUGUGACUGAUGUGAUCAGACUUUUGUAAAAAAAAAAAA